CCCGGUCCGGUUAUCCUAAAUCUCCUCGGAAUAAUAUAUAUACUCUUUAAUGUGAAACAUGCAGGACCUUCUAUUAAACGCUUACUUUUACUCUUUCUCCAAUUGUGUUACAUAAUUGUGAUAAUAAAGAGGUUGUUUUAUAUUAUAAUUUUUAAAUAUUAUAAUGACAAUGGUUACUUGCUUCUUGUUUAUAGUUACGCAAGUGUCACAAAACUAGUAUGGUCGGCUAUGCAAUUUCCGUAAGAAUAUAGCAAAUUAAGUACAUGAUAAUAUGCAGAUAUAUAAAUGGUUAAGUUUUCUUGUUAUAUAAAAAAAGAAAUAUAAAAGGAGUACUCAAAUCCCCAAAUAUUCAUUUUUCUUCUUGUCGAAAUUAUUCGAUAUCUUACAAAAAAAAAAAAAUAAUUUUUUUAAUAACAAAAUCUUAAGGAAUAAAAUAAAAACUACUAGAAAUUCUUUAAAUAUAUAAUAUGAAAAAAUUUACAUCUUUAACCUUUUUGGCUGUUACACUCCUUUUUUUCAUUGCUGUUUCAUCAGCUGAACCUUUUUUUAAUAAACGAACUAACGUUUGUCCACAACAAUAUAAGAGAGAUAUUUUGGGUAAACGAACUAAUGUCAAGAAAUGUCCUUGCGCUCUCGCCUCAGCAACUUUCGAAGGUAAAGCUACGGGUUACAUAGUCUUGGCACAAGAUGAAUGUGGUUCAACUACGAUUACUGGAUUUUUCAGUAAAGGUCUCGAUGAUCCACAACAGAAUAAUUACACUUUCGCAAUCGCCGAUGAUUGUGGUAAAAUUAUUGAAAAACUAGGUUCUUUGGAUGCAGUAUUCUCUGAUGGUGGUACCAAACCUUUCUCACAAAAAUUCGAUAACUUCAAUCUUAACUGCGACAAGAGUGGUAUCCUAUUGCUUAAAUCCGCUAAAUUAUCCAAGCGUACUUACUGCCAGAAUCAAAAUUAUAAGCGUGCUCCAACUAACACACAAUUCAAUAUUUAUAGUAAUGGUGGCUUCUAUUCUGGUUCAAAUGUUAACUCAUUUUAAUUAUAAUAAUGGUUGAAAACAAUCAGACAUUUAGUCUACUUUAAUAACCCCUCCAAAAAAUUUCAUAAAAUUGUUAAAUUAUGUUUUAUUAAUUUUUAUAAUAUAAAAUGUCAUAAUUCAUAAAAUGAACAUUUUUUUAAAAAAUACAUAUUUGAUAUUUUAGACGAUUAAUUUUUUAAUAAAAAAAAUAAAAA